AUGACCGGACUCACUACCGAAAAUCCAACACGCGGUCUGGAGUCAAAUGUGGUCCGGAUUGGUGCAGUAACUCGUGACGCAAACGACUUCCUCAAAACCUCACUGAUGCACUCACUCCAUCGAUCGAGCUAUCGGCCCGUUCCUAAUUCGGUAUCCGCUAUAAUAGCAAGAAAUGGGCAGUCAUAUCGAGAACCGAACCGGAGCAAAAGUAAGGAUGACGGAAUGCCACCACCAGCAUUCCAACGACAUUCAAAGCAAAUUGAGAGUAGAUCACGUCCGUCACUCGACUUUCCCUCCGCUGUGCUUGAGGCAGCUCGAAGAGCAUCACUUCAUCCAAACACAUCACCGCGGACCCUGGAAGCCUCAUCAUCAUGCUCCUCAACAUUUGAGGAGGAGCGACAGUUCAGCAGUCCUGUUCGAAGAAGAGUUGUUGACGUGAGCGACCACAAAACAUGCGCGCUGCUGAUGACGAGAAUGAAAGAGGCAAAUCGACAACCAUCGCCGAGUCAGUGA